AUUUUUCGGAGGGUCGUUGACUGCAACAGUGACGGUUGGACAUGACAAGGAUUCGCCACUCACUACGAUCCCUAUUUUUCGGAGGGUCGUUGACUGUAACAGUAACCCGUUGCACUCGGCGAUUCAACAGUAUAAAGUGAGGUAUGUAGACUCUCAAUACCAUUUAUUCCAUCAUCAUCAUGGUUAAUCAGUCUACUGUCAAUGACACGGCCUCGCUCGCUGAGUCUACCUCAACAUGUUUAAAUAUAUCGUCAUCUCCGCAGCCCAUAGUGGACAAUGUUGCAAAACGUGUCAAGCUUAUCCUUGCACAGGCCACAGCAACCCCCUCUGAGUUGCACUCCGCUGCUCCGGAAGUAAUUGAUGUUGAUGUUGAUGUUGAUGAAAAUGAUGUGGCACCUCCUGCCGCCGAACAGGAUGACGAAGCUGAUCUAAAUACUCUCAAGAAAACAUGGCGUUCAGCAGUCUAUUCGUUUUUUAAGCUUGACGCUGUGGCUGUCCAGUAUCACGAUGGACGUCUAGUUCAUUUCUUCCCUUGCGGGGCACACAAGUGCAAACUCCCUUCCGGAGGUGUCCGCCGCUUCCAGGACUCCAGGGACAAGUCAUCGACUACGAAUCUAAGGCAUCACGCCAAUGGCUAGCAGCAUCUCUAGUAGAUGAGCUUGACGACUAUUUGAGGCAACCAGUAGAGAAUACCAAAGUC